GAAAAAUGUAACCCCCACAAAAGAAAAUAAAUGGAUAAAUAAGUGGUUGCCCUGUUAAUUUUUUAGUGGGAAAAGAGAUUUAUCCAGCAUAGAGCAUAAAUAGACUUGUAGACUAUCAUGAAAAUAAUGUAAACUAAUCACCCAUUUGUAAUAAAAAAAAAAUAAAAAAAAAUGGAGAUGAUUUUCUUCUUCACUUAUCCUCUCUUCAUCACUAUCUCCCUUGCCCUCUCACUCCCACCAAAUGGGCCGGGGCCCGGCCCGUUACCGAUCUUCGACCUUACCACGGACCAACACGCACUCCUCGCCUUCCGAAAUGCCGUCGUCUCGGACCCUCACGCGGCCCUAACCGCCAACUGGUCCGCGAGCUCCUCCCCGUGCCAUUGGGCCGGGGUCUCGUGCGGCCCGAAACACCAACGGGUCACGGGCCUCACGAUUUCGGGCCUCGGGCUCGUGGGCCCACUCGACCCGCACCUCGGCAACCUGACCUUCCUCCGGACUUUGGAUCUCAGCUCCAACAACUUCACGGGCCCAAUACGGCCCGAGAUUUUCACCAACUUGCGCCGGCUCGUAACGCUUAACCUAUCGAGCAAUCAGUUAUCCGGGCCCAUACCGAGCGGUUUGUUCAACGUCUCGUCGUCAGUCGAGACAAUUGAUAUGAGAGGCAACAUGCUGUCGGGCGAGCUCCCGAGCGAUGUGUGUGGAGAUUUUUCGAGUAUCAAGAUGUUGUAUUUAUCGAGAAACGGGCUCGAAGGAGGGAUUCCUGCGAAUAUUUCCAAGUGUGGAGGGCUUGAGGAGCUGAAUUUGGCCGGAAAUAAAUUCAGGGGGAAAAUACCAAGUGGUGUUUGGAGCUUGCCCAAGCUUAGGCUUUUGGCCCUAUAUGAAAACCAGCUCCAAGGUUUUGAAGAAGGAUCACCGGCGAACAUGCCAGAGAUUGAAGAAUUGUGGCUUUCGGAGAACAAAUUGACCGGUGUUAUACCAACUUUUAUAUUCAAUAUUUCCACAUUGACAAUCAUAGACCUCUCUUCCAACUAUCUAUCUGGAAACAUCCCAGCUGAGGCUCCCUACAAUCUACCUCACAUUUCCGAACUGUACCUUUAUCAGAACAACUUGACAGGGGGCAUACCAAAACAAUUUGGAAAUCUCACUUCCCUGGUAGCCCUGGAUUUUGCUUCUAAUUUGUUGACAGGUGAAUUACCGGAGGAGCUAGGUAACCUAGGCAGCCUCGACUUUUUCUCCGCGCCAUACAAUCGCCUGUCGGGCCCCAUCCCUCCUUCUUUAUUCAAUAUAUCGACCAUGAUGACACUCUACCUACAACAGAAUCUUCUUUCCGGCAGCCUCCCUCCCGACAUUAUUCCUCCGUUUUCCCGCCUUCAAUACCUUAUCAUACACUUCAACGAGCUCACGGGCCCAAUCCCGGGCUCCAUCGCUAAUGCCUCGGCCCUCAUCAAACUAGAGCUCAACAAAAACUGGUUCAGCGGGCCCGUGCCCGAUUUCGGCAGCCUCGCGAACCUUGAAGCCCUUCGGCUUUGGGAGAACAACUUAACCGCCACCCGGGAACUUACGUUCAUAUCCUCACUGUCCGGUUGCCAAAAGCUCGAGGUUCUCGAGAUAUCCAACAAUCCAUUCGAAGGCACCCUCCCAUCCUCGGUCGGGAAUCUAUCCGCUUCCCUCGUUAGGUUCUUUGCAGGGGACUGCAAGAUCGUGGGCCCCAUCCCCCACGAGUUUGGAAACUUGAAAAAUUUGCAAGUCCUGGAAUUGUCCGAGAAUCGGCUCACUGGAUUAAUCCCGGAAGCAAUAGGAGGAUUGAGUCAACUCUACGCACUUUCGCUCGGAGGAAAUCAACUACACGGCCAUAUCCCUUCCGAUAUCUGCAGAUUGCGCCGUUUGGGGGAGUUGUACUUGUACGACAACUCGCUUAUGGGCCCGCUCCCCGAUUGCUUUGGCCAACUCAAGUCUCUAACCAUAGCCCAUUUAUAUUCGAACGAGUUCAACUCGACGGUGCCUCCCAGCUUGUGGAAUCUCGUCGACCUCAAUGUCCUAAACCUAUCCCGAAACUCGUUGACCGGCGAGCUAUCGCCUCUGGUUAGGAGCCUAAAGGUGCUCGGCACCCUUGACCUAUCGUCCAACCAGCUCACGGGCGAUAUCCCAAGCUCGAUAAGCGAUUGUCAGUCGCUCGAUUUCCUUUCCCUAUCAAAUAAUAACUUCGGAGGAACCAUUCCCGAAUCCUUGGGUGAAAACCUGAGAGGACUCACGACAUUGGAUUUGUCUAACAACAAUCUCUCUGGCUCGAUACCCAAGUCGUUACUAGGCAUCCGCUUCCUCCGCAAACUCAACUUUUCCUACAACAUGCUAAGCGGCGAGAUCCCCGACGAGGGGCCUUUCCGUAAUUUCACCGCCACGUCGUUCACUCACAACUCUGCUUUGUGCGGGCCCACGAGAUUUAGAGUGCCGCCCUGCGGCCCGUCAAGAAACUCGAGAACGGUUCUAACGGUGAUAAAAUACGCCUUGCCCUUGUUCGCCGCCACAGCUAUUGCCGCGUCCGUCGCCACAGUUCUGCUGAUGAGGCGACGGCGCGGGAGGACGAAGGCGGUACCGCAGGCCCCACCGGACGAGAUUCCGAUCAAGGCCGUGUAUAGAAGGAUCUCGUACCGCGAGCUCGAGCGCGGCACGAGCUCGUUCAACGAGACGAAUCUACUCGGGAGGGGUGGGUUUGGGUCGGUUUACCGGGUUUCGCUCGACGACGGGUCGUCCGUGGCGGUCAAGGUGUUCGACCUGCGUGCGGAGGGGGCCUACAAGAGCUUCGACACGGAGAGCGAGAUACUGAGCACUAUACGCCACAGGAACUUGGUCCCGGUGAUCGGGUGCUGCGUCAACACGGAGUUUCGUGCGCUGAUUCUCGGGUACAUGCCUAACGGGAGUCUCAAAAAGUGGCUUCACACAGACAAGUGCGGCUACUUUUUGGAUCUCGAGCAGAGGCUAAGUGUCGCCACAGAUGUAGCGCUGGCGUUGGAGUAUCUUCACCGCGGCCACACGUUUCCAGUUGUUCAUUGCGACGUGAAGCCGAGCAAUGUGUUGCUGGACGAGGAUAUGACGGCGCAUCUCGGGGAUUUCGGGAUUUCGAAGCUUCUCGACGAGGGAGAAACGAUGGUUGUUACUAAGACGCUGGCCACAAUCGGCUACGCAGCACCAGAAUACGGGUCGGAAGGGAAGGUAUCGACAAGUGGGGAUGUGUACAGCUACGGGAUACUAUUGCUGGAGAUGUUCACGGGCAAGAGGCCGACCGACGAGAUAUUUGGCGCGGAGAUUAGCUUGCGUGAGUGGGUCAGCCGAGCAUUGAUGCAUGGAAACCUGGUGAGUGAGGUCGUGAGCCCGGUUUUGCUGUCUUCGGACGACCCAAUUUUCCCGGUGCAAGAGCAGUGUUUAUCCUCCGUUUUCGAGCUGGCUAUGAAAUGUUCAACUGUCUCGGUUGAUGGGAGGAUCGACAUGGUACAAGUGGUGGCAACUCUACAUAACAUCAAGGCCAGACUUACGACCCGUGUGAGGCAAUGA